AUGAAUCCUCUCGCUCAGGUCUCCUCCUCGUCUCUCUCUCUGCUUCAACUCCCCACCGAGAUUCUGCUUCUAAUAUGCGAAUCAAAAGCUAGCACUAGUAGUGGCGGCCGGGACUACGUCAAGGGCGACAGUGUCCGGAAUAUCUGGUUCAUCUCGCGGAUGGCCAGAGAGUUUCUGGGCAUCACCCCAAACCCAAAUACUGCUCAGCCUUGCAUGGGGGACUAUUGUCGUCGCAGCCCUCAGCCCAUCUUCCUCCUAAUGUCCAUGGCCACGAACCUGACCUCGGCGGAAAUCCACGUCCGGAGAGCUUGGAAGGCGGGCCAUCUAGCUCGCAAGCGACGCGACGGCACCCUCAAUCUGAGGGUGACUUUCCCCGGUUUGACUCGACUCGACUUAGUCGCCCAUGGUACUGGUACUAGUAGUCAUCACCGGAAUUGGUCCUUCAAGCACGGCUUCAUCAACGGUAUUCUGGCGUCCACUCCGAACUUGAAGUCCCUCAGACUCAAAGGCUUUGGCCAUCUGGUGCACGACGAAGGAGCUCAUCUUCCUGCCCUGCCUCGCCUGGCAACUUUGCAUGUGCAGGGGACCAUUAUGGACCCUACGAGCCUUCAACGCAUCAUUCGCACCGCCCCCGGCUUGAGGAGGCUCGAGAGCCUGGCCCUCUACCUUUCUUACGAAACUGGCCCUUCCCAAAAUCGUCCAAUUUUUCCAAGGGAUGCCUUUGUGUCCUGCCUUGGGCGCUUCUCCUCUCUAAAGGUCUUUGGGAUCAAUCAUCGGUGGGAGCCGAGCAAGGAGCUGGGGCUGUAUGGAGCCUCGACAGCCCAGAUUCAUUCCGAAGGCUCAGGCUAG